AUGAACAUGACAUUUUAUGAGGAUGGCGUGUUACAAGUUAUAAUAGAUGAAAAAUCAGCAAAUAAUUAGAGAUUCAGACUCUCAGAGCACGAUAUGGGUGCCAGUAGAAAUGCAGGCCCUAGAGCUAUUAAACCUUUGAUAAAUCUAAAGUCAUAUGUAAAAAUAUAGAAAGAUUAGCUACUAUUCGAAGGAUACAGCAAUGAUGGUUAAGAAUUCUAUAGAUAUACGGUGAAAUUUCAUCCAUUUAGAAUUAUCCAGACUGUUAAUAAUAUUACGACGAUUAUUGUCAAUAAUCAAGAUACCUUGUUUUUUGAAAGCUUGCACUAUUACCCAGGUUAAGGUGAAUUAAAGCUGAAUGAUACUGAAUGCUUAUUACCAUUUUUCAAAUCACUACCAAUAGCCAAAAGUUAGAAUAUUUUCAAUUUCACUGAUAAUUAAAAUAACCCUUACAUUGGGUCAUAAUUUUUGCAAUAAGUGUACCAGGAGUUUUCUUUGGGAUUAACUAGGGAAAGUUUUAUGAUUGGAUUCACUAUGGAAUCUGAAGAUUUAUAUGGACUACCUGAAAGAACAGCUUAAUUUACUCUUACAACAACAGAUAAAACAGACCCAUUUAGACUUUAUAAUGUAGAUGCAUUUCCUCAUAAAGAAGCAAGCAUUAAAGGACUUUAUAGUAGUCUCCCAUACAUUACAGGGCAUAGUAUUGAUCAUGAUGAAAGUAUCAUGUUGUAUAAUUCUGCUGAGACUUGGGUGGAUAUCAACAAAUUAUUUUCUCCUAGUCUUAAAAAUUAAUAAAGAAAGCAUGUGAAUAUCAUCACAGAAGGUGGCAAACUUGAAUUUUUCAUUUUUGCCUCUGCCUCAAAUAGAUUCCACUACUCUAAAUGGGAGUAAGAAUCCUCUGCUAAAAGAACCAUCUCGUACAGUAAAGAAUUUGAUAGACAUUAAAUCCCACUAGAUGUUAUUUGGCUUGAUAUUCCUCACACAGAUGGAAAUAGAUACUUUACUUUCAAUUAGGAAACAUUUAAUGAUGAAGAUUUGGCUCUGAUGUCAGCAUCAAUUCGAAGCUCUUAAAGAAGACUAGUUGUAAUAACUGAUCCUCACAUAAAACAGGACCCCUUAUAUAAAACCUAUAGUAUUGGAAAAUCUCUAGACAAAGAAUAGGAUGAAGAUUACAACCAGACUGUCAGUAUAUUUGUUAAGGAUAUAUAUGGAGAAAUUUUUACUGGAUUCUGCUGGCCAGGUGAUAGUGUAUGGAUUGAUUUCCUAAAUCCAAUAGCUUAGGAAUUUUGGAUGUCCCAAUAUCUCUAUAACAAUUUCAAGGGAACGAAUGAUUUAUUUGAUAUAUGGAUUGAUAUGAAUGAGCCUUCAGUUUUUAAUCAAGAUGAAACUAUUAUGCCAAAGCAUAACUUACAUGUUUUAUCUAAUGACAAAACUGUACUACAUCGUGAUGUCCACAAUGCCUAUGGUCUAUUAAUGUCUAUGGCUACUUAUAAAGGUCUUUAAUUUAGAGACUAAUUUAAUAGAAGGCCUUUUAUUCUUACUAGAUCCUCUUUCUUUGGCUCACAGAAGUAUGCAGCCAAAUGGACAGGCGAUAAUCGAUCUAAAUUAGAUGAAUUGUGGGUAUCGAUAUCCUAAGUUAUGACAUUGAACCUUGCAGGAUUAUAGUUUGUAGGACCAGAUGUGCCUGGAUUUUAUGGAAAUCCAACAGAUGAUCUAUUUAUCAUGUUUUAUCAACUAGGAAGCUGGUAUCCAUUCUUUAGAGCUCAUGGCCAUCUUGAGGCUAAGUAUAGGGAGCCGUAUAAUCAAUUUUAUCUAGCAUACGCAAAAGGACUACCAAUUGCCAGACCACUUUGGUACAAUUUCCCAAAAGACAAAGAGCUCUUUCAUAUCUCCAGAUAAUUUAUGAUUGGUGAUUCGAUCCUAAUUUGUCCAAAACUGGUACCUUAGACACAGACUUUCAGCAAUGAUUUCGAGUAAUUUGUCGCAUAAAAAACAUCAAAGUUAUAUCCAGUCAAACAUAAAUUGCCCAAAGAAGCUCUCUGGUAUAAUUACUAUACUAAAGAGGUCAUAGAAGGUGAUUCAAAGUUUAGAGAGGUAGAAUUGAAUCAGUUUUAGUAGCUUGUCUAUAUUAAAGGAGGAAGUAUCAUACCUUUAAAAUUACACCAAAAUCCCACAUCUCUAUUGAAAAUCUAGUACAAUCCUAUUAGACUUGAGAUUUACCUAAAUGAGACAAAUUAGGCGAAAGGCUUUAUCUAUCUAGAUGAUGGAUCCUCUUUUAACUACACAAAUUAGAAUGAAAGUACUGUUGUAGAAUAUUUAUUUGAUAAAAAUGUACUAUCAUAUAAGGUUAUUAAUCCAUAGUCUUUCUACAAGGGCUCAAUCGUAAUAAAGAUUGUAGAAAUUACUAUUUACAGCUAUUAUUCUGCUUUUGACUCAGCCGAUCUUUUAUUUCAAAAGCAAUACCCAGAUUACUUUAUUUAAAAUGAUUAAUUAGUGGCUUACAUAAGGAAGUCAGAUUAAAAGAAAGAGGUGCUACAGAAAAAUGACGAUACUCAUAAAAAGAAAAAUAAAUAUAUUGAAGAUAUCGAAGAAACAGUAGCUAAAUAACUCAACUAUCAGUAUUUUAAUUUCAAUGAACAAAGAAGGGCUAACGAAAUUAGGGUGAAAGAUAUAAAAAUUCCUAUUGAUGAUGGAGAAGGUAAAUUUUUAUAAAGCGGAGAAUUCAUUGAUGUUAAAUUAGUAAGAUUUGAAGAAGCAUACUAUAAUUGA